GCUUGAAUAGUCGCAUGGGAUUCCCCCUCUAUCGUUUCACACUAUUCUAAUUUCUGUCAGGGGACUUCUUCACCUGCGCAUACACACUAAACCAACCGAAAGCAACAGAAACAAGAAAAGCCACAGCAUUGAAAGCAGAUCACAGAUUCAUUUCAUUUAAUUCUCCAAUUCCACUCCCACCAAUCUUCAUCUCCAUCUCAAUCACCGUCAUCUUCAUCCACCUUCAUCUUCACGCGUUCUUCCCUCCCUCCCAUGGUGAUCGCGACUCUCUGAGCUCACCCUACCAUGGGUCGAAACUCGUCCCCUCCCGAGAUCGCCCCGCCCGGCGACGACUCGGCUGAUCUACCCCACCACUUCAUCCGCGGCCGCUUCCCAUUCAAGCGCAAUCCGAACCCCAACGCUGCCCAAAACCCUAACCCUACCGCCGGCCGCCGGUCCGGGCGGACCGGUCGUUCUCAUGCCCUUCGCUCCUCUCGCAAGGUCUUCAAGAGCGCAUCGCUGUGCUACUUAAUCGUGCUCUUCGCCUUCUUUGCGUUUGUGUUGGCGUCAGUGGUGCUGCAGAGCUCCAUCACGUCCGUCUUCCGCGGGGGAGUUGAGAGAGGGUGGUUGCUUCGCAGGGGAUUGAAGUUUGGGACUUCGUUGAAGUUUAUGCCCACAAGGCGGUUUUUAAAGCGGAGCGGCCUUGAUCAAUUGAGGUCCGAGGGGAGGAUCGCAGUUCGGGCGCCCAGGCUUGCUCUUAUCUUAGGAAACAUGAAGAAAGAUCCACAAUCAUUGAUGUUGUUUACUGUGAUGAAGAGCUUACAAGGACUGGGCUAUACACACAUGUUGUUCUCUCUGUCUGCCCAAAGUUUAUGUACUCUUGAGAAGUUCAUUUACUUAUUUAUUUACAUUAUUUUUUUAGGUAAAUAAUGGUUGUCUUCAGCUUAUUGCUUUAGUUUGAGAUGCAAUGAUCAAUGAGUUUUAUGUUUAUGCAGCCUUAUGCGAGAGCCUUUUUAUUCUAUACCUCUUAUAUGGAUAAUUCAAGAAAGUACCCUUGCAAAUCGCCUUACUUUGUAUGAUAAAAUGGGAUGGGAACGUCUUGUUUCGUAUUGGAGAAGUGCAUUUAGCAGGGCUGAUGUUAUUGUGUUUCCAGAUUUUUCUUUGCCGAUGUUAUAUAGUGUGCUUGACUCUGGAAACUUCUUUGUGAUUCCUGGCUCACCAAUAGAUGUGUGGGCUGCAGAAAGCUUCAGUAGAACUCAUUCAAAACAUGAGUUGAGGGAGGAAAAUGGAUUCAGAAAAGAGGAUGUGCUGGUUCUAGUUGUUGGAAGUUCUUUCUUCUACAAUGAACUAUCGUGGGAUUAUGCUGUGGCAAUGCAUGUCAUAGGACCUUUGUUAAUGAAAUAUACAAGGAGAAAAGAUGCAGGAGAAUCUUUCAGAUUUGUCUUCUUAUGUGGUAACUCCACAUAUGAAUAUAAUGAUGCAUUACAGGAAGUUGCCACACGUCUUGGACUUAAGCCCGGUUCUCUAAAGCACUAUGGCAUGAAUGGUAAUGUGAAUAAUGUCUUGCUAAUGGCUGACAUUGUGCUCUAUGGCUCCUCCCAAGAUGAGCAGGGUUUUCCUCCAUUGCUUACCCGAGCAAUGUCCUUUGGGAUUCCUAUCAUUGCACCUGAUUUUCCUGUUAUAAAGAAAUAUAUUGUUGAUGGAGCCCAUGGUAUUAUUUUUCCCAAACAUAAUCCUGAAGCAUUGAUGAGAGCUUUCUCGCUUCUGAUCUCAAAUGGGAAACUUUCUAAAUUUGCUCAUAUUGUUGCUUCCUCUGGAAGGCUGCUUGCGAAGAAUAUGUUGGCUUCUGAAUGCAUUACUGGUUACGCAAAGCUUCUGGAGAAUGUACUUAAUUUCCCUUCAGAUACCUUGCUACCUGUACCCAGUUCUCGGCUUCAACAGGGUGCAUGGGACUGGGAUUUGUUCAAAAAGGAAGUGGGUCGAAGAUCUAUUGACAUGCCAAACAUCAAUCACAAGAAUACUGUUAGAAAAUCAAGUAUUGUUUAUGCAUUAGAGGAAAGUUUGACAAACCUUACUGACUUGAGGAAUAUUUCUGGGAAUGAAACCGAGACUCUAGUGCAGGAUAUCCUGACUGACACAGAUUGGUACGUGUUAGGAGAAAUAGAAAGCUCUGAAGAUUAUGAGAGAAGGGAAAUGGAGGAGAUCAAUGAUAGAAUGGAGAGAGACUUGGGUUCGUGGGAUGAGAUAUAUCGCAAUGCUCGGAAGGCCGAAAAGUUUAAAUUUGAGUUAAAUGAAAGGGACGAAGGAGAGCUGGAAAGGACUGGGCAGCCAUUGUGCAUUUAUGAGAUUUACAAUGGAGUAGGGACCUGGCCAUUUUUACACCAUGGUUCUUUGUACCGAGGCUUAAGUCUUUCUACAAGUGCUCGGAGGCUACAAUCAGAUGAUGUAGAUGCAGUGGGAAGACUUCCCCUCUUGAAUGAUGCAUAUUAUCGAGAUAUUCUUUGUGAGAUUGGAGGCAUGUUUUCUAUUGCGAGUAGAGUAGAUAACAUCCACAAGAGACCAUGGAUUGGGUUUCAAUCCUGGCGUUCUGCUGGUAGGAAGCUUUCUUUGUCUAUUAAUGCGGAAAGGGUUUUGGAAGAAACAAUUCAAAAUGAUGCUAAAGGAGAUGUAAUAUAUUUUUGGGUACGGUUGGACAUGGGUGGUGGACUUGUGGGAAGAAAGGACACCCUUACAUUUUGGUCCAUGUGUGACAUCUUAAAUGGAGGGCACUGCAGAACUGCUUUUGAAGAUGCUUUCCGUCAGAUGUACGCCUUACCAUCAAAUAUAGAUGCUCUUCCCCCGAUGCCUGAAGAUGGUGGCCACUGGUCUGCCCUGCACAGUUGGGCAAUGCCAACCCCAUCCUUUCUUGAGUUCAUAAUGUUCUCCAGGAUGUUUGUCGACUCUCUCAAUGCAUUGCAUACUAAUUCGAGCAAAAUCGCCUUUUGUUCAUUGGGUUGCUCGGAGCUUGAGAAAAGACACUGUUAUUGCCGGGUUAUGGAACUGCUGGUCAAUGUCUGGGCUUAUCACAGUGCUCGGAAAAUAGUUUACAUUGAUCCGCAUUCAGGAUUACUAGAAGAGCAGCACCCAAUUGAACAGCGUAAGGGAUUUAUGUGGGCCAAGUACUUCAACUUUACACUGUUGAAGAAUAUGGAUGAAGAUCUAGCAGAGGCUGCAGAUGAUGAUGAUUAUCCUAGUGAUAUAUGGUUGUGGCCGUUAACAGGGGAGGUGCAUUGGCAAGGGAUUUAUGAAAGGGAGAGGGAGGAAAGGUAUAGGCUAAAAAUGGACAAGAAGAGGAAAACAAAAGAGAAAUUAUUUGAAAGGAUGAGGUCUGGAUACAAGCAAAAGCCACUUGGAGGGUAGAACUGUUUAAAGCUUUUCCCAAAUGAUAAGGUUGAUUUUUGGCUACAGGGCAGUAAUCAGACUCCUGAAACAGCUACUGACCUACGUACUCAAAACUAUUUUUUGUUAAAUCGCAACCCGGGAAAUGGUGACAGGUUGUGCAGAUAGAGGGGCUGAAUUUUUUCAAAGGGGGCAUUUUGUGUUUGGGGCUCCGUUCAUGCUUUUUUCAUUUUCACUGAAUAUAAACUAAUGAAGCUGACAAGAGAUAGAAUGAAGCUUGAGAGUUCCUGUAGCUCAACGGCAUUGGGAGCCUUUUUACUCGAUCAAAUCCAGCAGUGCUGAAGAAUACCCAUUUAUUUGUGUGACAGCCAACAUGAAUUGAAAUUCAUUUUCACUACUUAAAUCAUACAGGUUACUGAGUGUAAAGUGUAGCUGCCUCCCAAAUUGAGAUUCUCUCUUUUGAAAUUCAAGUCAUGCAGGUUAGUGAGUGAAAAUGUAAUCAUUCUUUCAUUACUGUAAAUUGUUUGGCAAUAGCAGAGGCAAUUUUGAUUGAGAA